AUGAAUUCUAUGAAUGACGAUCAAACAUCAUCAUGCUCAUCUGACAUUGAUAUUUGUAAUACAAGUCCGAAUUCUUCACAAAAACUAUCCGAAAUAACAAUAACAAGCACACCGUAUCCAACGCACAAACCACGAGUUAAUUUUCAUUCAAUUGAAUCAUUAGCUAUAUCUUCCUUGAAUACAUCUUCUUUCACUCCCACUUCUUCUCCUUUUUCUUUCCAAAGACAUGACGAUACUGGCUAUAGUUCAUUAAAUUCAUCUACAUUAACACAUGAUAAAGAUAAUAAAGAAAAUGUUUAUUGUUCAACCAUAACAACAGUUAAUGAACGAAAAGUUAGUAUUUCACGAAUGAAUUACAUAUUGAAUGCAUAA